GUAUGGUGCGAGUGGAUUGAGAUGGAGCUUCGUCACAAAGAGUUCGACGAAGCACUCAAGGUGGCAAGGCAAGCCGCCGGUCAGAAGAAGGCGGCAGCCUUGAAAGAAGACAAGGACGAUGUUCAGAAUCGGCUGUACCGCUCGACCAAAUUGUGGUCACUCUGCAUAGACCUUGAGGAGUCGCUUGGGACCACAGCUUCAACCAGAGCGGCAUACGAUGCGACGCUGGAGCUCAAGGUGGCAUCUCCUGCCUUGAUCCUGAGCUAUGCACGAUUUUUGGAGGACCGGAAGUAUUUUGAAGAUGCAUUCAAAAUUUACGAGCGGGGUAUCAAGGUCUUCUCAUGGCCUCAUGUUGGUGACAUCUGGCUUACAUACCUGUCGAAGUUUGUGGAGCGAUAUGGCGGGCGAAAGCUGGAACGGGCCAGGGACCUCUUCGAGCAGGCAGUGGAGAAGGUGCCAUCGAAGUUUGCGAGGAGGCUGCACAUGCUCUAUGCCAAACUUGAAGAGGAGCACGGUCUGGCGAGGCAUGCUCUGUCCAUCUACAACCGGGCGACAAAAGCAGUGGAGGAGAAGGACAUGUUCGAGAUGUAUGGCAUUUUGCUGCGAAAGACGGCUGAGUUGUUUGGUCAGACUCGCACGCGGGAGAUCUAUGAUCAAGCCAUCGAGGCCCUGCCGCAGGAUCGUAUCAAGGAUGCCUGCAUGCGCUAUGCUAAGAUGGAAACCAUGCUUGGUGAGGUGGACAGAGCGCGCGCCAUUUAUGUGCAUGCGUCCCAAUUCUGCGAUCCGCGACGGGAAGAAGAGUUCUGGAAAGUUUGGCGCGGUUUCGAAGUCCAACAUGGAAAUGAAGACACGUUCCGUGACAUGCUCCGAAUCAAGCGCAGUGUUCAAGCGAUGUUCUCUCAGGUUCAUUUCAAUGCUACCGACAUUGCGGCCGAAACAGGGCGUGAAGUCCUCGAUCCAAUGGCAGCAGCCGAGGAGGAGAUGAAAACUGAGGAGGAAAGAAAGCGAAAGGGCGGCGCUUUGGGCAUUGAUGCGAAGCGGCAAAGAGUCACGGCUGAUGCUGAGACGGCGCGGAAGGAGCUUCUGGGCAAUUUCGAGCCCGCAGAAGGCUUUGAGGGGCCGCGGGAUGGCUUCAUCUUCAAGCUUGGAAUCAAAGGUCUGGGUUACUACGAGGAUUCCUCUUUGCGAGAAAUCGAAGCAAGAUCAGCUGCAGCAGCUGCAGCUGAGCGCAAGGCGCUGGCUGCUGAGCGGAAGGCUACAGAAGCCAACCCAGAGGAGAUCGAGCUGGAUUUGGACGAUGACGAGGAUGAGGAUGCUGCUCCAGAGGCUGCACCGUCUGGACCUGCUGCCCCGAUGGCCAGCAAUGCGGAGGAGAUUGAGCUCAAUGUUGAAGACAUUGAUGAAGCUCCGAUAGCUCCAGAGGUCUUCGGAAGCGGACUCUCCAGCCUGCGUGCGAGUAUGCCGGAGGAGCCCGUGCAAGAGCCGCCCCUUGCAGAGCCAGCUCCGAAGGAAGAGAAGAGAUCCGGAGCACUGGCGAAAUUCCAGAAGAAGGGCAAAGGAAAAGGUGGCAAGAAGGGCUUCAACUUCGGUGACUAG